CCUCCCAAGAACAACAACAUCAUAGUUAUAUCUAAUUCUUCACCUUAGAUAUGAGUUCAGUCCAAGUUCUUUCCACCACAAUAAUUCGUUCACAAAAUCACAAUCUCAAUGGCUCAAAUGAUAGUAUGAUCUAUCUAUCCCCAUGGGAUCUACAAUUCCUCCCAUUUGAAUAUAAUCAAAUAAGUUUUGUUUAUCGUCAAUCAAUCAAAUCAGAUAUAUUAAACCAAAUCCAACACCUUAAACAAUCCUUUUCCUCUGCCAUUGAUUUUUUCCACAUCUUCGCGGGUCGUCUCAAAAUGACACAACACGGAGAUAACACUAUCUCUUGUUCUAUCAAGUGCAAUAACAAAGGUGCACUCUUUGUUCAUGCUGCAGCAAAAUAUAUUACUGUGGAUGAUAUUCUUAAACCCACUCAUCUUCCUUAUGUUCAUCACUCACUUUUUUUAAUGAACGGAGUCAAAAACUACCAAGGAACAUCACACCCAUUACUUGCAGUUCAAGUAACAGAGUUAGAUGAUGGAAUAUUUAUUGGCAUUACAUCAAGUCAUGUGGUUGGUGAUGCUAAUUUGUUUUCCAAUUUUAACAAUUUGUGGGCAAAAAUCUCAAGGGGGUCUCUUGAAGUGUCCAAAACUCCAAUAUUUGAACGUUGGUUUCCUAAACAUAUUGAAUGUCCCAUUCGAUUUCCUCUCACAAUAGAGGUGCAAAAUAAUCUUAAAGAAAAAAAAAAAAAUUCACCGGAGAGAAUAUUUCAUUUCACAAAAGAGAAUAUUGCAAAACUAAAAUUCAAAGCCAACUUAGAGGUUGGUAAAAAAAAUAUAUCUUUGCAAGCAGUUUUAACUCACAUUUGGCGUUCUUUUACACGUUCUAAGAAACUUGACUACCAAACAGAUGUGAGUUUUUCGAUUGAUAUAUGUGUUAGACAAAGAUUGAAUCCUCUUUUGCAAGAGAAUUAUUUUGGUAAUGCUGUAAUAGAAUGUUUGGUUACAAUGAAAGCUGGUGAAUUGUUGGAUAAUGGUGGACUUGGUAAAGGCGCACUGAAGAUGAAUAAGAUGAUUGCUUUGCACACUAAUGAGAAGAUAAGAAGUCACUAUGAAAAGUGGUUAAUAAAACCGAGUUUUUAUGUUACACCUAAAGAUGUGUCCCAUAAUAAUGGUUUGGUAAUUGCUUAUUCACCUAAAUUUGAUGUAUACGGUAAUGAUUUUGGUUGGGGGAAACCUGUGGCAGUUCGAACGGGUGGUGCAGAUAAACGAGAAGGAAAAGUUAAUGUGUUUGCAGGCGUAGAAAAAGGUAGUAUGGAACUUGAAGUGUGUCUUUCUUAUGAAAUUUUAGAAGCAAUGGGGAAUGAUCCAGAGUUUAUGGAUGUUGUGUCCACCUAAUGUGGAUUUUUAGUUCUAAUAAUGAUUUAAAGUCAAUUUGACCUAAAUUCAUUAAUCUUGAGCAUUUCAUUUAAAUAAGUGAUUUUCACAUUUUCUUAAAUGUUUUAUUUGUGAGUUUUUCCUGAUAUUGUCGCUUUAUUUUUGUAGCUUUA